AUGUAUGUAGAGAUCAUUUUUAUGUACGAGGGAAGUGAGAGUGAAAGGGGAUGGUUUGAUAUAUACGACACUUGUACGGAUCCUAACAUCGCAGUAAGGAACUCGGUGUAUUUCAUCGCAACGCAAGAUUCCAAAAAUUGUGAGAGUGACGCCAGCCCCCAAUCCAUCGCUGCUGUGGUAGGACCAACAACAAGCAGCGCAGCCGUCUCAGUGGCAAGUCUCUUUAACCUCUUCACCUUACCGGAAGUUAGCUACGCUGCUACGAGUGAAAUACUCAGCGAGUCAAGAUUCAAAUAUUUCACGCGGACAGUCCCAACUGACACGUUCCAAGCCCGAGCCAUGGCGCAUCUCGUCCACCACUUCGAUUUCCACACCGUAGCCCUCAUCGGCAACGACGAAGGUGCUUACGGUGUGAGCGGCGUCUAUAUGUUCGAAGAUGAGGCCUCCAAGUUCAACAUCUGCAUCGCCUACCAAAAUAUCUUCGGCGUCAGCGAUGACCAGUCAGACUUUGAGGAAAUCGUCAACGAUCUCAGGAAAAUCCCAGAUGUUCGAGUGAUUGUUGCCUUUGCGAACGAAGCCCCCAUGAGUCGGCUUCUCAACUAUUUCGCUGAACACAACGUCACCGGAUACAUGUGGAUAGGCAGUGAUGGUUGGGGAGCAUCGAAAACCAUACUUGACCCUCGGAUAUCCCGGGUCACCAACGGAAUGAUCGGCGUCUUCCCGCACACCGAGACCAUCACUGGUUUCGAAGACUACAUCUUAAAUCUAACCCCAGAAGCCUUGGACUACCAGGAUCCAUUCUUGAACGAGUACUGGCAAGAAUUCUUCCAGUGUUACCUUCCAGGUAUUUCCGAGAUGGAUGUCCACGAAUACGGUAGAAAAUGCACCGAGGAAGAGUCGUUUUACAGUACCCGUCCCUUUUCAAACACGUCCCUAGUUUCUUCCGUUGUGGAUUCAGUCGAGGUCGUAGCUCGCGCCAUGCAUACAAUACUCAAUUGCGAUGAUGGACAGUGUGAUUCGCGUGAAGAUGUCGGUAUCCCAGGCGAAGUUUUGAUCGAGGGCAUGAAGAAUGUAGAUUUCAUGGGCCACUCGGGCUACAGGUUGUCUCCAAACGAGCGGGGAAACCUUGCAGGAGAUGCCUGGUAUGACUUCUAUAACUUGCAACCAGAGUACCCCUGCUCGGAGGAGUUUCAUCUCAAAGUCGUCGGGUUCUGGAAGGAAGCGGAUGUUUCGAUCUCAAACUUGGAAAAGAUCUACUGGCCGAUGACAAACACUUGUACUUUGGCAUCUUCCAGACCCAGAUCGAUAUGCGGAGAGACGUGUUAUCCAGGUACCCGACGCAUUUCUCUUGACAUCAGCAGUUGCUGCUGGAUAUGUGUGCCUUGCUCCAAUAACCACUUCAGCAAUGAGAGCAAUGCCUUAUCUUGCUUUCCGUGUGGCGAUGAACAAAUAUCAAACGAGGAUCGAACGGAAUGCCUAGACUUACCUUAUGCCUUUACAGAACUCGCAUCCAAAAUCGGUUUGGGUGCUUUAGCUAUUGCCAUCAUUGGCUGGCUGAUAUGCGUCGCCAUCGUCAUCAUCUUCAUGCUCAAAGAAAACACAACUAUUAUUUUCCAUGCCUUUGCGCGCUCCUGGAGCUUUGUGCUACUGGGAAUCGCCAUGACGUUUUUCACUGCAACACUCUCUGUCAUCCCCGCCUCGGAGCUGACUUGCCUUAUCGUAGCAGGUACCCAGCUAUUGCCAGUCUCUAUCACAGAAGGAAGCCUUAUUCUCGCUGCCUACUGCACCUUCAAUAAGAAGCACGUCCAGCUUAAUAACUGGGUGCUAUUCAUGAUCGCCAUCCUCUUCGUUCACGGACAAUGCAUCCUGGUCUGGAUGUUGACCAGCCGUCCCGUAGUCACCAAGACAGUCGAUCGCGACCACCGCCUCGUAUAUGUUGACUGCGUCAGCUCUGGUAGCUACGACGGCAUCGUGGUGGUCAUCACCUACUGCAUCCUGCUCGACAUCAUCGGGAUAUUCGUCUCUUUCAACAUCCGCAACCGCGACAAAAACUUUCAAGAAGGAAAGUUCAUCUUCUUUUCAUUCAUCAUUCAAGUCAUGGUCUGGGUGACCAUAAUGGUCAUUUAUUUAGUGCUACCAAGCGGUCGGCUUUAUCGAACCUUUGUGCUAUCUUUUGGUCUCAUGGUUUCGAGCGUUGCCAAUCUGGGCUGUCUCUUUGUGCCAAAACUUUACGUGUUAAAAUGCAAACCUGACAUUAAUCCACCGAUCAAGAAGAGGUAUAGAGAUAAACUUUGGCAGUGGAAGUUUAAGAGGAGAGACGGAGAAGAUGAAGUUACAGCAGAGGCGAGAUUCGGCGAAUCAAUACGGAGCCAUGCUGCACGCAGUGCAAUACUUAAUAAUUACAGAAAAGCGUUAGCUGCCAUACGCGAUGAGACGGCCCAGGCUAUACGAAUGUAUGGUAUCUGCAACGAUAGAAUAGAUGAUAUGAAAUUAAGACACAGACGAAAGAUGGAGGAAGUUUCUAUGACAACCAACAGCAUUAAGAGUAGCAGGGUGCAACUUGUCCUUUCAUCGCCUUCAAUCGAAGUGACGUAUUGCUGACGUCACGAAAUUACAAAAUAAAGAUACACCUAAAGCUUGAAAUAAUACAGUAAAUUGUAUUGUUCAUUUUUACUACAUAAUUGUUUAUUGAUGGUGCUAGGUUGGCAGUUGAGCGUACACGAUAGUCACCUAAAAAUACGAAUUUUGGUAAUACGUUGAGUUGGUGUAAAGUUGCUAACUAAUUCUGUUAUGUGUAUUGUGAGAUUUCUAAAGAUUCACUAAGUCCUGUUCAAACGACGUGCACAUUUCUCAGCUUUUCAUCUUGUACACGACUUAAUAAAUAAAUGUAAAUUCUAAUUCAUCUAGUACCAGCAAAUAGAAAUGUAGAAAAUAAAUAAAUUAUCAAACUAGCCUUCUGAUCACGGACGCUUCUGGAGAUCAUCACGUGACAGUUUUGACUUAGACAUACUGGACGAACUGAUAACGAGGUUUCCUGAAUGCGACGCAAAACUGUUCUCCAAUAUUUUACAAGUUCAGUUGACCAGUUUUCCCCCUUUCAAAUUAAAAGGCAAAUGAUGGUGAAGAAAAAUUGUGAAAUGCGGUAUUAUGUAAAUUAAUCUAACAAACAAGCAAACUAACAAACAGAAAACAUCACCUAAAACACCACGACAUGAAUAUGCUAAUUCGUCCCAAACUGAAUAUUUGCAGGAAAUUCCCGCGCUCAAGAUCGGCGGUUAAUCCAUGCCAGUGAAUUUAUGGUAUGCUGCCACCAUCGUUCCAAAAUAUAUAACCAAAUACCCAUACUUCAGGUAAACAAGAGUAUAAACGAUUUAUUGAACCUGGUUGUCUAUACACUGCAAACACUCUGGUGUUGAUUAAACACCAGCCCGGAAUCUAUAUAUUUCCACACCAGAGAAGUGUUAAACAACGCCAGUUGCGUUUUGGUCUAACACCAGAUAGGUGCUUGUACAACACCAAGCAGUAUUAAAACAGCAUCGGUUUGAUUCCAAACUGGUGUUGUUUCAAUACUUCUCUGGUGUGGACAUAUAUAGAUUCCGGGCUGGAGUUAAAUCAACACCGAAAUUUUCGCAGUGUAUGGCCCUGAAAACGCUUUACAUAUUUCUUUGUAAUUCAUAAACUGAUGAUCGGAUUUUGUUUAAAAGUUGUGACAAAAAUAUUAAAGAAGUUAAACAGCAGUGCUAAAUUUUACUCUCCUGGUUUGAAAAUCGAAACUUGCUAAGGAUUAAAAAACGUGCUUCAAAUCAUAAACAUUAUUCCCAGUCAUAUAAUAACCCACGAUGUACACAAUUUGCACAGGUUGCUUGAUAUGAACUUUAGAAAAAAAGUAAUACCAUUUGAUAUAUCGUUAAAAAUUUCAAACUAUGACUAUUAAACAGUGAUGUUAAACAUUUGAUUAUAUUUACCAAAUAACUAUUACAGUUUAGAAUAAUCAUGAAAGCUUUUUAAGCGAUAUAUUGGUUCGAGCAGUUAUAAAAUAUUCACACUGUUUAACAAGUACUAUGGGAGAAAUCAGUUAGCAUUACAUUUGUACUCAAACUUAUGACUGGUACUUUUAAUAGAUUCAUUAUCAAAUACUGACCUCUUUGACCCUUCAAUUUCGACCUUGUGACGCCGAAAUCUUAUCUGAUCUUCGUCACUCAUAAUGUAAACUUGAGCCAAGUUUAAAGCUAAUCUCUUAAACGUUACUUUGGUCACAUGAACAAUUAGAUAUCGUUAUGUAUUUGGUGACCUAUGUAACCUUUAACCUCGUGCCACUCAAAUCUAAUAAGAUAAAUUACCCAGAUGUGAAGUAGGUCUUUCAAACAAUUCUUAAGUUCAAGUGAACGAGAUAUUUCGAAGUAUGUAAUGCUGGACUUGUAAUCUCGACCUUUAAAAAAAAUCUGGGGUGGUAUUCUGAUAACGUUCUUAUCUUUGUUCUUAUAUUUUAUCUUAUCUCAUUGAGAUAAGAAAACGCUAAAAUCAUUGCAAAUCGGUAUUCUGAAAAUCUUCUUAACGCGUUCUUAUCUUUGUAAGGACUGCCUCCUUCUUAUCUUCAACACGCCCAUUUUUAGGAUAUUACCAAUCAAAAUGCGCUUUAUAUUGGCAGUUUAACCAAUAGAAGCGUUCCUUAUGUCAAGAGAAUAUCAUGGGCGCUGCGCGUACACUGUUUCUGGCGCAUUGCGCGAAAUAGGCAAUUUAUACGCAAUGACUGAUUAUUAAUUCGAGACACGUGCAUAAAAUAGAAAAAAGAAAGUAAAGAAAAAAGUAAAUAAAGCAGGUCUUCGGUAACACAAACAUUAUCGCAAAGCUAUGUGUUACGUGGUCCUGAUCAUUGUACACUUGAGAUGCACACAUGAGCUUGGCCUGAAUUGAUCUCUAAAAGGUAUAUUCUGUUUCUCACCAGUUCAAGAUAUUUGAAUGUAUAUAAAAUGACCUCUGCUACCUUUGACCCUUCAAACUCAGGACCCCUAAUCUAAUCAGACCAUUUUUGGUACAAUCUCCCCUUAAAUCUGUAGACAUGACCCAAGUUAGACGUUAGUCAGCUAAACGUACUUCCGUUAUCGUGAGGAAGAUAAAUGAUAAUAAGAUAUAAAAAGGUUUUUAUUUACCCAGGGUACAUGUAGCUAGCCACUUCAGUUGAGAAACUGCUCUACCAGCGGGCCCUGCAUAAUACAAUUUGUUAUUAUUACCCUUCUCCAAUCUAAAUGCUGAGCGUCUCAUUUUUAUAAGUCUUUGGUAUGACUCGGCCGAGGAUCGAACCCACGACCUCCCGUUCAUGAGGCGGACGCUCUACUACUGAGCCACCGGGUAUUCAGUGUAUUUUACCUUUGAUGCUUUGACCUAUGACCUCACGAACCCCAGAAUUAAUAUGGGUCCUGUAACGUAAAGCUGGCGAUUGAUAGAGGGGUCGAUGUAAAAGAUCAGUUGUAAAUGUGUACGAUCAAUCGUAUAAGUCAGCCUAAGAGCUAUCGCAAAGUUUUAUGUUAAGGGUCCCAGAUCACUGCUAUUAGCAUGUGCGUAUAUUGUUUAGACGGAGUUUGGAGUUGAUCUGGCUGACGGUUCUAAGUUUUUGCAUGAAAACGAAAACUGGAAGGGUGGACGGACGGACGGACGGACGGACAGACGAACCAAAAACAACGCUUCCGCCAACCACCUUCGGAAGGCGGAGGCAUAAUUGAAACUUCAUAUGAAUACAACUAUUUUUUUUCAAGAUAGAAUGAAGAAUUUCUGUAUUAGUUUCAAAAUUUAAGUGUUCUUAGCCAGUCAGUGUUCCGCUGAUGCCGAACGUAUUGAGAUCAUGAUGAUUCCAAACGCGGGAUUUUUCUCACGUGAGUUAAUUCGGUUUGUGCUGCCAAUGCUUGCAUUAAAGAAUACAUAUUUGUGUUUAAGAUAUA